GCUGCAUGCGCUGAGAAAAACAACGUACUUUGCUCAAGCGUAACCACAUCCUGGUCUCUCAUUGGUGGAAGAAAGAGUUCUUUAGUUUGCCACACCUCUCCUUCCUUUUCUCUCCCGUGGUGGAAUAAAAGCAUGGACACAACUGGGAAAGUGAUCAAAUGUAAGGCAGCAGUGGCCUGGGAGGCUGGUAAGCCUCUUUCCAUUGAGGAGGUGGAGGUUGCUCCACCUAAAGCCCAUGAAGUUCGAGUGAAGAUUCAUGCUACAGGUGUGUGUCACACUGACGCCUACACCCUGAGUGGAAGUGACCCUGAGGGCUUGUUUCCUGUCAUCCUGGGCCAUGAGGGGGCAGGCACUGUUGAGAGUGUUGGCGAAGGGGUCACCAAAUUCAAACCAGGUGAUACUGUUAUUCCACUGUAUGUGCCCCAAUGUGGAGAGUGCAAGUUUUGUAAAAAUCCUAAAACCAACCUGUGUCAGAAAAUCAGGGUGACCCAAGGUCAGGGUCUGAUGCCCGAUAGCACCUCCAGGUUCAGCUGUAAAGGCAAGCAGCUCUUCCACUUCAUGGGUACCAGCACCUUCUCCGAAUACACUGUGGUGGCAGAAAUCUCUUUGGCCAAAGUGGAUGAACAUGCCCCCCUGGACAAAGUGUGUCUGCUGGGCUGUGGCAUCUCUACUGGAUACGGAGCGGCCAUCAAUACUGCUAAAGUUGAAGCCGGCUCUACUUGCGCUGUGUUCGGUUUGGGAGCAGUUGGGCUCGCAGUCAUAAUGGGCUGCAAGUCAGUCGGUGCCACCAGGAUCAUUGGCAUUGACAUCAACCCAGACAAGUUUGAAACUGCCAAGAAGUUCGGAGCCACUGAGUUUGUGAACCCCAAGGACCACAGCAAGCCCAUUCAGGAAGUGCUGGUGGAGCUGACAGAUGGAGGGGUUGACUACUCCUUCGAAUGCAUCGGCAAUGUUGGCAUUAUGAGAGCUGCUCUUGAGGCUUGUCACAAAGGCUGGGGAACCAGUGUCAUCAUUGGUGUGGCAGGGGCAGGGCAAGAAAUCUCCACCCGCCCUUUCCAGCUGGUCACAGGGCGUACAUGGAAAGGCACAGCUUUUGGUGGUUGGAAGAGUGUGGAGAGUGUUCCUAAGCUGGUGAAUGACUACAUGAGUAAGAAGCUGAUGGUGGAUGAGUUUGUUACUCACACAUUGCCCUUUACCCAGAUCAAUGAGGCCUUUGACCUGAUGCAUGCUGGGAAGAGUAUCCGAACCGUCCUGCAGCUUUGAGCCUCGGGUUCAAACGUGAGUCCUGCCAUGAAGAAGACAUACUAAUCAUCAACAUCCUUGUCUCAAUAGUUACAGUGUUGGCUGUUGUUAAUGAAUGGUUAUUUGUGUGUAUAGUUCCAGUUACACACUGAAUAAAUGUACCAAACAGAAAA